CGUUCCCGCCAGUUUCACGGCGAGAUUCUGUACGCACAGACGCGUCGCUUCUAUCAACGUUCGGAAAUGGACUAUGAAUACGAAACUUUAACGUACGAAAUUGUUUAGUGCGCUGUGUUUUGAUAUCAACUCCGCUUGUGAACUUAAUUGGGAAGUUUCCAAACGAAAAAGAAUCCGUUUUUUGGUGUUUUGUGACAACUUUUUCAGUCUGCAGGGGUCUCUUUCAGAAUAAUGCAACAAGAAAUUGUAGAGAUGGCUCUACUAAUCUUCAUCCGGUAGAAGAAGUGAUGCCAGCGCGUCCCCCCGGCCCCGCCCUCCGCCAUGGGCACCUGAUCACAGCCGGCGCGCGACCCCCCUCACCCAGGCGAUGUUGAAUUACACCUUCUACGAAGAAACGUUUACAUCUUCUAUCUCAACUCUCAAGGAACUCUCGUGUCGGCUAGUCAAGGGCUAUGCAGACUGCGGCGACGCUAUUGCCGGACUCGAUUGUAGGAUCGAUAAUGGCACCGACGACAAUCGAUUCUUCAGCUGCGAACUCAACAUCGACAUCCAGAACGAGACGUCGUACUCGUGCAACUCGUGCAACGAGUCGGCGCCGCUGGCAGCUGACGGCAACUACACUCUGUGCAGCGCUGGCUUCAAGCUGAACAUGCUCACCGUCAUCUUCGAAAACGCCCUCAAGUCCUUGUGGGUGCGCCUACCGAAUUUUCUAGAAUGUGAUUUUAGUGUAAGCAAUAUUGUACAGUGUUUCUCAGAUAAUUAUUACAUAGUGAAUCAAACGUUGCAUUUCGAUGAUAAUUUAACGUUUCCAAGUGAUAAUAAUAGUGUUUACGAGAAUUUUCAGUGCUCGUGGAACGGUAGUGAUGAGUUAGCGGAUUUGACUUCCCCUAAAGCUGAAUACGAUUGGAUCUUUCUCUUUGUGAUAUUAUUUAUAGUGGCCGGUGGCGUGGGUAAUAUACUAGUGUGUCUCGCGGUGUGUUUAGAUAAGAGACUGCAGAAUGUGACGAACUACUUCUUGCUGUCGCUGGCGAUAGCCGACCUGCUGGUCAGCUUGUUUGUGAUGCCGAUGGGAGCUAUUCCGGGAUUUCUAGGGUACUGGCCGCUGGGCGUGGCGUGGUGCAACGUGUACGUGACGUGCGACGUGCUGGCCUGCUCCGCCAGCAUCAUGCACAUGUGCUUCAUCAGUAUCGGCAGGUACCUCGGCAUCCGGAACCCGCUGAAGAGCCGGCACCACUCCACGAAGCGCGUGGUGGUCAUCAAGAUCGCGCUCGUGUGGCUGCUCAGCAUGGUUGUCUCCAGUUCCAUCACCGUUUUAGGAAUGAUAAACCGGCACAACAUAAUGCCGACGCCGGACCUGUGCGUGAUCAACAACCGGCUGUUCUGGAUCUUCGGCUCGCUGGUGGCGUUCUACGUGCCGAUGCUGAUGAUGGUGGUGGCGUUCGCGCUGACGGUACAGCUGCUGAAGCGCCAGGCCAUCCUCGCCGCCACGCCCGUGCCCGGCGGCAUGCAGCGACGGCUAUGCGGCUACGACAGCGGGCCGGGGCAGGGCAUGCGGCGCGGGGGGGCCCGCAGCUCGCCCGACCUGUCGCCCAGCCGCUCCAGCAGCAGACAGAUGACGUGGCGGGUCACCACCACCAGAGCGCAACGCAACAAGAUCAGCAUCAGCUCCUCGCACCCCGCGCUGAGCUACAUGAACGGGGGCUCGAACCCGGGACCUCGACGCGGGAGGGACGUGGCCACGCAGACGCCGCCCAGCAUCGUGGCCGAGACGCGCCGCGCCCGCCUGCGCCCGCUCAAGCUGGCUAUUGUCGCGCCCAACGCCUUGAGCCUAAGGUUCCUGGCCAAGAAGAAGGACCGCUCGCUGUCCGCCAACGCGGUGGCCAACGAGCAGAAGGCCACGAAGGUGCUGGGGCUGGUGUUCUUCACGUUCGUGCUGUGCUGGGCGCCCUUCUUCCUGCUCAACAUCCUGUUCGCCGCGUGCCCCGCCUGCGUCGUGCCUGAACACGUGGUGGACAUCUGCCUGUGGCUGGGCUACGUGUCGUCCACCAUCAACCCCGUCAUCUACACGGUGUUCAACCGCACCUUCCGCGCCGCCUUCCUGCGCCUGCUGCGCUGCCACUGCUCCAGACGCGGUCGCUGCACGCGCUACCGCUCGGCGGGGUCGACCCGCGGCGCGUCGCAGCUGUGCGCGCGCUCCGCCCUGCCGCUGGCCAUCUCGCUGCGCGGCGUCGCGGCGCCCGCGCAGCCCGACACCGCCGAGACCUGUGUGGACCCGCCCGACGCUAAUGAUCGAUAUUGAUGGAUGAUUAGCAAGGUUUUAUAGCCACUCUGCGGGUUUAGCAAUUUAUGAAAACGAAAAAAGUUUUGGUUUUCUUCUGUCACCUGCAUACAUUAUCUGUCAAAAGUUUCAUGAUAGUUUCCGCUAGAAGCGCCACUUUGUAUGUGAGAAAACUGAAACAAUUAUAGUUUCCGACGAACUGUCAAACCUGUACGUACUAGACGUACAGUCGCAGUGUGACUGUAAAACAACCUUACAUGUUUUAAUUUGAGAGUGGGCGGCAGAUGACAUGAGAUUAUAGCAGAAGACUUGUCGUAAGUCGCAUCAUUACUAUACUAUAUAUUAUCUUGGGAAUUCAUUUGAAUCAGCAUCAUCAGAUCAUUAGGUAUCGACUAGGUCUAGGUCGUUAAAAUGCCUGCCAAUCUAUGAGUUGUACAAAAAUCAGUCUAAAGACAGAUGACUAAAAUUAUAAGUUUAACCUGCUUGUGUAGAUAUUUUAGUAUUAAUUUAUUGCGAUUAACAAUCAAACCAGUCUUUUAAGUUACAAAAAUUGUCACAAGCUAGUUAUUAUUCUGUGUCACAAGAAAACAUACCAGCGAAAAUAUUUUUUUCGGUUACACCUAAUUCCAGCUCAUGAGAAAUUAGUAACUGUAUCAAAAGGGUCAAGGAGAUUAACGUGGGAGUAAAUCCGUAUUAUUCAGUUUGAAAGCUACUUAUUGCAUGUUAUGUACCUACUACCAUGUCGGGACAUGAAUGGCGAUAUGCCAAUUUUCUACUUUAAAACUUUGUCUGGCUGUGGCCAGAAAACCUGAAAAUUUGUUUCACCGUCGAUAAAUUGUUAUCGUUCCCUUCAAUAAUUUUACUCGUAAGUACUAAUAGUUAUUAAUGUACUUAAUUUAUUUUAAAUAUCUACAAAGAUUUAAGAAAAAGGCAACUCAUUAAGAUUAUGUAAAUCAUUUCAAUAUUUAUUAAUAAGUAAUGUUUAUGUACCUACUAAUAAAAUUUUCCAUCAAAACUAAAAACUGUUUAAGAAAUUAUGUUUCAUUUGUAACUUUUGUAAUGUAAAGUACCUACCUAGAUUGUUAAAUGAAAAAGCAAUGUUAAAUGUAAGAUUAUAGUAUUAUGUAAAUCUAUAUGUUUAGACACCAAGUAUUAAACUAGAAUAAACGUUAUUUUCAAGUACCAAAAUAAUUUGUCUUUUUAACCCCCUUGAU